GGAUGUUUCUCUAGGUGGCUUUUAAACGCAUACAUGAACUGUUACCUGUAUGAUACAUGUAUGGUUUUAAUCGAAGAAACUUUAUUUUUCAUUCGACGAAAACUUUAAAAGUCACUGACAUAUCAACAUCAGACUGCUGCUGAAAUGCCGAAUCAAAGAGACGAGGCGGCCGAUGAUUCCCCUGCUGACCUUCCCUGUCUGGAAAAACUUGACUCUCCUACGGGGAGCCCACCCACCGCCUCAUUAUCCAGUCUGAUGGAGCUGGAAAAUUGUGUCUCCAACCUGAGCCUCGCACACGAAAUAGUGGUGAACAGAGACUUCAGCUUCAAACCCUGGAGCCCCCCAACAGACAGCCUGCAGGGCAGAGUGACAGAGAUUGUUCACCGAGCGUUUUGGGACAGUCUUCAAGAGCAGCUGAACAGUGAUCCUCCAAACUACAGCCACGCUGUCGUUCUGCUUCAGGAAGUCAAGACGAUGCUUCAGUCCCUGCUGCUCCCAGGCCACGUCAGACUGAGAGCUCAGCUGGAUGAGGUUCUGGACAUGGAUCUGAUCCGUCAGCAGGUGGAUCACGGAGCUCUGGAUCUCCACAGACUGUCAGGAUACAUCAUCAACACCAUGGCAGCCUUAUGUGCACCUGUACGGGACCCAGAGGUCCGCGUGCUGAGGGACCUCCAGGAACCUGUGGAGCUCCUGAGGGAGAUCUUCCACGUCUUGGGCCUGAUGAAAACAGACAUGGUGAACUUCACCAUCCAGACCCUGAGGCCUCAUCUCCUGCAGCAGGCCGUGCAGUAUGAGAGGACCAAGUUCCAGCAGAUUCUGGACCAGCAGCCAGCCUCUCUGGACUACACCAACGCUUGGCUCCAGGCAGCGGCGUCAGAGGAGGCGUCGGCUGUCAGAGCUCAGUCUGACUCUCCCGCUCCUGACAGCAGAGGUCCUGUCAGCCCCACUGCUGUCCUCACCAGAGCCUACAUGCGUCUGCUACACUGGGACCCGCAAGACCAGAAAUAUCCCGAGACUGUGCUGAUGGACCGAGCCCGCCUUGAUGCUCUGGGAGAGCAGCUUCACGCGUUGGUCUUGGAGGCGUCGGUGCUGCUCCUGACCAGCGCUCAGUGCAGUGGCUUGGUUUUCUCCCUGCAGGGGUUUGUAGGUAAACUCAGGCACGCCAUCGCUGCCCUGCUGGAGGGCAGUCACACCAGGGAGGCUGACCUGAAGGCCGCACUGCUGGGGAUCGGGGAUGUCGUACUGCAGCAGGUGACCAAAGCUGUGAGUGGCCAGGGAGGAGCGGCGCUGCCUCAGGAGAGCCUGGAUCUGCUGAAAGGACAAAUAUCUGAGCUGUGGAAGCACAACAACCCCGUCCGCACACUCAUAGGAGAAAGGGUACAGGGCUUCCUCCAGGCCAUGCUGCAGGGCGGCCCUGCUAAAAGGAGUCCAGAGCUGCCCGCUCCCCUCAGGCUGGUGAGUGCUGAGCUAGCCGAGCUGGGAACGGCCUUUGGGCGAAUCGUCCACUUCAACCGAACCGUCUUUGGUCCCUUCUAUGCACCCAUCCUCAGGAAACUGCUGUUCCCACCGGGAGAGGCCGAGACCGCCGAGGACUCACGCUAA